CUGGGGCUUUGAUGUUGCAACUUACGAUUCCGAUGCUGUUGUUCUUAAAAACCCUCAAACGCUCUUUGAAAAGUAUACUCAUGACAUUCUGUCUUCUGCCAGUAGCUAUGUGGCCAGACUCUCAAGCUAUACCAUGGGGUUUCACUCUCUGUGCUGGUGCUAUUUUAUACAGAGCCACUUCUGCUACAGAGACGUUUUGGAGAUAUUUGUCAAAUGUAACUGGACGAGCUGACCAGGUGUCCUUAAAUAAAGCCCUCAAGAACUUGAACAUUUCUUGGAAGGAGACAACCAAAGUCAGUCAAGUAUGUUCAACAGAUGGCUGGGAGGGAGAGGCUGAUGGUGGACUCAGGGUUUAUGUCUUCCCACAACGAUUAUUCUGUCGAAGGAAAUGCUGCAGUAGAUUCAGGGAGGGGGUGUAUGUUGUCCAUCCUGGUGGUCAUCACGGAGAUGCUGGAGCAAAAAGUGAUUCUCUUGCAUGGGUUAAUGCCUGGUUUGUAUCAGUUGUGACAAUCACAAACCGUGGCUAGCUAGCUAAACGAGUGUGUAGCCAAUACAGAAUUGAUAAUCUUGUGUGAUUCUUUCAAAGAGAGUGGUUGG